UCCAGCUCCACCACCAGGCGGCCGCCUCAUGCCGCUCUCAGCAACAUCACUGGCCUCCGUGUUGUGGUAGCGGCUCCACUGUACCAAAUGGAGAUUUGGACUCUUUGGUUUGAAGUUUAUGCUGCUUUGAGGUUGUAUGUUGUGGUAGAAAUUCUUCUGGGUAUGAAGAAAAAAGAUGUUUUUAAAAUUUUUUUUCUUGUUGGAGUAAAAGAAGUUGCUAUAUUAUUUUUUUUUCUAUAUUGGUUGGAUUUGUAUAUUUUGAGAAAUUGCUAUGUUAUUUUUCUUUUAUAUAUUUUGUUGGAAUUGUAUAUUUUGUUAAAGAUGCUUCCAUCUAAAAGUUUGUUUUCCAGCUUCAAAUCUAUAUGGCAUAAUUGGUGCAUUUUUAGCUCUUUACUUUUACAGGCAGAUAUCGAAUCUUUGAUGGCUGUCAUUUCCUCUGUUGUUGAUGUUAUGCAAGCAAUGGGAUCCUCUAUAGGUUUUUUGCUCUUGAGGGUUUGGAAUAGCUUAUUGACACACUACAAGAUCCUACAAACAAUCACUCCCCUGCUCCUGCUUUGCUGGUCCGGAAUCUUCCCCUUCACUCAAGGUCUCUUCCUUUCUUCUUCAAGUCCUUUUUUCAAGACAAAUUUUGUAUUAUUAUCAUGUUUGUGUUGUCUGACUAUCGUAAUAUUUUGUAUUAUUAUCUCGGUUUCUCAUUUAUAUGCCAGUAAGUUUCCCUUCUCUUUUCUUUGAUUCCUUUACUAUAGCAAAGUCUUUUUUUUUUUCCCUUUUAUAUGCAAUAGGAUCCUAGCAAUUAGCUAAGCUAAUUGCAAUUAGAUUAGGAAUCGAUAAAAAUUUUAUAUUAUCUCAUUUGUCUAUGUUACUCUACUCCAACUUGUAUUAAACUAUAGUGUAUUUUGAACUAAUCUUUUU